ACGAUAUUUACAACCCCUGCAUUUUCAUUCGUCCAGUUAUAUUAAUCAUAAUUCAUUUUAGAUUUUACUAUCAAACAAUCAAAAAUCAAAUUCCAUUCAGAUUCAAUUAAAAAGAAAAUGUCAAAAACCGAACCCCUUUGAUUUGAUAUGGCACAUUAAUAGUAAUUGUUAUCAUUAGGAAUCAAAGUGAUAGUGAUAGAGAAUAAUAAUAAUAAUACAAGAAAGAAAGAAAGAAAGAAAGAUCAUAUGAUGGACUCAGAAAUGGUGGAAGCAGAGUCAUCAUCAUCAUCAUCAUCGCAGCCUCAGCCGCAGGCAUCGAGUUCCGGCCAAACCGACGUCGUUCGCGAUUUGCUCACAUUGGCUCGCCAGCUCAUCACUCAAGGCAAACCCUCCCAAGCCCUCCAAGCUGUGGUUGUAGCAAUGAAGACUAGAGGUGGUGAUGAAGCUGUUUUUCAGUCCUUGCAUCGUGCUCGUGAGGUGUAUAGAAGCAGACUGCAAGAGAAUGCUGCAGUUGAUCAGCUGGCUUCUUUGUUUGCUGAGUGUGCUAUUGCUGAAGCUCAGCCUGUAGUGAUUGAACCACCUGCCAAUAACAUUACCAACCCAUCAAUUACCCCAGAACCUGAUGCUCAUGGGACUUCCAUACUGGCAGAAAGUGGCAGGAUGCAAGUAGUGUUGGAUGCAGUCUCUGAUGGAAGCAGCUUCAUCUGUUUGAAGUGUGGAGGCCUUGUUAGUAACCAUCGCAAAGACGAGCACUAUGCAUACUGGUGUUGUUAAUCACAGUGCUUUGGGUAUAAGGUUUGCCCAUCUUCCAUCGUGAGUUUUUUGGUGCAUCAUUAAGAUGGUCUGAUGAAAAUGAGCGAACUUCUGAGUUCUGUCUGCCUUAUACUUUGAUCUUUGGAAAAAUCAUGCUACUGUCAUAGUAGAGUGAAUUGCGAACUAUGUCCUUUGAAGACUUCCAUGCUUUAAACCAUACCAAUCAAUACAGAAUUGUGAGUCACAUUUGGGCCAACAGUACCUUAUGUAAUUUUUUGGGAUAUUUUUUUGCGUUUAUUUUGAGUUGAUAUGUUUAAAUAAUAAUUACAAAAAUGAUACUUUAUUUUCAAUUUGUUUCGCGUGUUCAAGAAUUCUCAAAGAUAUGGUGAAAAUAACUCUUGUUUUCACCAUUUUCUUAACAUCUUGGAAAUGAGAAAUAACGAGAAAAUGAUAUGUUGUCUUUGUAA